GUCUCUCAAACAAAAUUGUUCAUUAAAAUUAUUAUUUUUCUUUGUGUUUGCUACUUUCCUCAUCAACAGAGGCAUAUUUUAUCAAAAUUUUCAUCUCUGAUCGGCACCUUGAUAACUCUUUCCAAUAUGGUUUGAAAACUCUGAUCUCUUGCUUCAUCAAUCAUCAAAUCAUUGCAUCUAUCGAUUGAUUUUUUAUUUUAAAUGCAUUUAUAAAGAUUCAAUAUGUAUCCUACAAGAAGACCUCCUCCAUUCUACACCCCUAGUAGUACAGCUGAAAGAUCAGCCAAUCCUAAUUUGGGGUAUCAAAGCAAAGUUCGAGUUAUUGAUCGAUACAAAGUCAUCGGCUUCAUUAGUUCUGGUACAUAUGGACGAGUUUACAAAGCAGUUGGGCGAGAUGGACGACCUGGGGAAUUUGCCAUCAAAAAAUUCAAACCAGACAAGGAAGGGGAACAGAUCCAAUAUACGGGUAUCUCACAAUCAGCAGUUCGAGAGAUGGCAUUGUGUUCAGAAUUGAGUCACAUGAACGUCAUCCGCCUCAUUGAGAUUAUCCUCGAAGACAAGUGUAUCUUCAUGGUGUUUGAGUAUGCCGAACAUGACCUUCUCCAAAUUAUCCACCAUCAUACCCAACCUACCCGCCAUCCCAUUCCUGCUCCAACAGUUAAAUCCAUAAUGUUCCAACUUCUCAAUGGCUGCCAGUACCUUCAUGCAAAUUGGGUACUUCAUCGUGAUCUCAAGCCCGCCAAUAUCAUGGUAUCUUCCGCAGGAGAAGUGAAAAUUGGCGAUUUGGGACUUGCUCGACUUUUCAACAAACCAUUACAUUCGCUAUUCUCUGGUGACAAAGUUGUAGUUACGAUAUGGUAUCGAGCCCCGGAACUCCUACUGGGUUCAAAGCAUUACACACCGGCUAUUGAUAUGUGGGCUAUUGGGUGCAUUUUUGCUGAACUUCUCUCUCUCAGACCAAUCUUUAAAGGCGAAGAAGCGAAAAUGGAUAGUAAGAAAACGGUACCAUUCCAAAGGAAUCAAAUGCAAAAGAUUGUCGAUAUAAUGGGAUUACCAACCAAGGAAAAAUGGGCACAUCUAGUACAUAUGCCGGAAUACUCACAACUCUCCACACUCUCAGCCAGUGGACAUGCAAAAGCUGGAUACUCAAGUUUGGAGAAGUGGUAUUAUCAAACCAUCAAUUCAUCUCCUACCUCGGUCCCAGUAUCGAAUUCAAGUUUGGGUGGUGAGGGGUACAAGCUAUUGAGCAGCUUACUUGAAUAUGACCCUGAAAAACGAUUAACAGCGCAAGCAGCAUUAACACAUCCAUUUUUCAGCACAGGGGACAAAGUUAGUGCAAACGUCUUUGAGGGGGUCAAAACAGAAUAUCCGCACAGGAGGGUUAGUCAGGAUGAUAAUGAUAUUCGAACGGGAAGUCUACCUGGCACAAAGAGAAGUGGGUUGCCGGACGAUUCAAGACCAGCGAAAAGAUUAAAGGAAUAAGUCUUGGAAGAUCAUUGGAUCUAUGCAGGGUAUCAAUCUUAUCAAUUGAAUGUUCUUUGAGGAUCUCAGCAUUGGGGAAGGUACUAUUGUUACAAUGGUACGUAACGAUGGUACCUUCGGAUCCCUAGAUCGGCAGGGUUCGAAUUUCAAAAGCAUACUCGUAAAACCUGGAGGGGUUGGAAAAUCAUGAAAAAAUUGCACAGCCACAAUGCGAUUUUGUUGAUUUUGCUGGCAAUUUUUGGAGGGAUCCCCAAGCGAGCACUCCAUUGGCAUGAAUUGAUAUAAUAACUCAUCAAAACUAAGUUUCGAAAACUCAGCAUAAUGAUGGGAAACGCUUCGGGUUAUUUUUUUGAUGAUCAUCAUAUGAUGACGAUGACGAGGGGCAUAAUCUGGGCAUCUAUGUUGAAUGAAUAAAUGCAGCAGAAAUGACUUAUAAGUCAUAUUCUUCUC